AUGACUUCAAAAACAAGUUUAGCCUUUCGUAAUGAACUAAAGGGUGUUGAUGCUUACACUCGACAUAAAAAACUUAUUCACAACUAUUUAACAUACUACGGAGGUAAAGUACCUUCGACUGUCCCUACCGAAUAUAAAACAGAGGCAGACAUUAUUAGAGAAAAUCAUAGGUUUGUGAGAUCAAAUAAUGAAGAGCCAGAUAGUUGGGAACAACGCGUAGCCAAAAAAUAUUAUGACAGAUUAUUUAAAGAAUAUGCCAUUUGUGAAUUAAAGUAUUACAAAGAGGGCAAGAUUGCGUUACGUUGGCGUGUGGAAAGGGAAGUCGUUUCAGGAAAGGGACAGUUUAUAUGUGCAUCCACCUCUUGUGAAUCAACAACAUCUCUCAAGAGUUGGGAAGUAAACUUUGGUUAUGUUGAGGAUGGCGAAAAGAAAAAUGAGCUGGUCAAGGUCAGACUUUGCCCAGAAUGUUCUGAUAAACUCAAUUACAAAACAAAGAAAAGAGCAGUCAAAAGAAAGGAAAAGAAGCAAAAGAGAAGAAGAAAGAAUAGAGAAGAUGAUAAAGAUGUAUCGACUGAAGAAAGUAGUAGUGAGACAGAUGAAGAAGAAAAAGAGAAAGAAAAGGCCUCAGCUAUUUGGAGUAAACCGAUUGAAAGUAAGCAAGAAAAAUCUAAACAAGAAGAAUAUGAAGAUUACUUUGCAGAUUUGUUACAAUAA